UAUGUGGUUAACACCUCUAAUAGUAGUUUUUAAUGUGUUUGUGACGCAUGCGUUGUAAAGGUGUUACUGUUGACAGCAUUGCACGCGUUGGCAGUGAUUACACAAUUGACACACAAUUAUCACAUAUUUUGACCAUAAGUUUGGCCACCAAUUGGUGAUAAUCAUGACAUCAAUAACAGUAAGGAUACAUCCGGUUGUAUUGUUCAACAUCGUUGAUAUCUAUCAACGCCGCAAUUCGGAUGCCAAUCGGGUGAUCGGCACACUUCUUGGCCAACAAGACAAGUCGGGUAACGUCGAGAUCAGCAACUCGUUUGUUGUGCAGCACAGGGAGGCUAACAAUGAGGUGGCCAUCGAUAUCGAAGUGGCCAAAGAACUGUAUGAAUUACACCGCAAAGUGAAUCCAAAUGAAUCGAUUAUCGGUUGGUUUGCUACCGGCGGCGGUGAAAUCAACGAGUAUUCAGUUGUCAUUCAUGACUACUACUCUCGUGAGACAACAAUUCCGAUUCACUUGACUGUUGACCCGUCGGAUCGGGGGAUUAACAUCAAGGCCUAUAUUUCGACACCAUUUGGUGUGCCGGGAAAGACUACCGGAACCAUGUUUUCUCAGUUAACUGACGUGCAUAUAGCGGCCGGCUAUGAACCCGAAAUGAUAGGUCUGCGCGCCUGUACUUUGGCCUCGAAUUUGGCCAUUUUCGGUAAAGCACAGUCGAUGGACAGCGAGUUAGAUAUGAUUAUCAAUACAUCGCAAAAAGCACAGGAAGUUAUUGCCAGUAUUUUGCAUUUUAUCGAUGAAAGCAUAUUGACUGGUAAUAAAUCAAUACCCAGUAAUAGCAAUGAUAUCGGCAGACAAUUGAUGGCCACAAUUGAAAGUAUUGUACCAUUUGGUGGUGAAGACGAUGACUCUUUGAAUGCUAAUCUUAAAGACCUUCUAAUGGUUGUCUAUUUGACAAAUCUAACUAAAACACAACUCGUAUUGAAUGAGAAAUUAAGUUUACUUCAAAUUAAUUAAAAAUUAGUUUUAUUUCGUCUCUUAAAUACUUUGUAAUCACUUGUGGUAAUUGCAUGUCUUUAAAAAAAAUUGUCACCAAUUUGUAUAAGUU